GGCUCCGGCCCGCGUCCAUGCGGCCCCCGUGCGCGCGCCCGCCCGGGGCCCAGGGCCAGGGGCUCCCACGGCAGGGGCCAACGGACUGACAGAAGGACCGGCCCGAGCUGACCCCCACCAUGCUGACCUUGGACAGAGGCCGGGCGGGGCUCCGGGGAUCCUGGCUGGCCUGCUGGCUGUCCCUGUGCGCCGCCGAGAGCCUGUCCGCCUGCCCCGUCCCCUGCCAGUGCGACGGCCCCAGCCAGGCGGUGGACUGCAGCGGGCUGGGCCUGUCCGCCGUGCCCCCGGACCUCCCCGCUGGCACCCGCACCCUCCUGCUCCCCAACAACCGGCUGAGCAUCCUGCCCGGCUGGGCCUUCGCCAACCUCUCGGGCCUGCGGCGGCUGGACCUGUCCAACAACUUCCUGGACCCGCUGCCCGCCGCCCUGUUCGCCGACCUGGUCAACCUGACGGAGCUGCAGCUGCGCAACAACAGCGUCAGAACCCUGGAAAGGACCCUGUUGGGGCGCACCCCCCUCCUGCGCCACCUGGACCUGUCCCUCAACGGGCUGGCCCAGCUGCCCGCCGGCCUCUUCGACGGCCUGCCCGCCCUGCGCUCUCUGUCCCUCCGCUCCAACCGCCUGCACAGCCUCGACCGGGCCACCUUUGAGCCCCUGGUCCACCUGCAGCUGCUCCAGGUGGGCGAGAACCCCUGGGAGUGUGACUGCAAACUGAGGGGCUUCAAACACUGGCUGGAGUGGUUCUCCUACCGAGGAGGCCGCCUGGAUCAACUGGCCUGCACCUUACCCAAGGAGCUGAGGGGAAAGGACAUGAGAACGGUGCCCAUGGAGAUGUUCAACUACUGCUCCCAGCUGGAGGAGGGGGAGGAGGGUGGUGGCGGGGGCGGGCAGGAAGCCCCCACCCCACCCUGCACCAGGGCCGGCCCAGAGCCCGCCAGGCCCAAGCCCGGGGCCGAGCCGGACCCGGAGCCCAGCCCGGCCUGCCCGCAGAAGCAGCGAUACCGUCCGGUCAGCGUGAGGAGGGCCGUGGGCACCGUCAUCAUCGCGGGGGUGGUCUGCGGAGUGGUCUGCGUCAUGAUGCUCGUGGCGGCCGCCUACGGCUGCAUCUACGCCUCCCUCAUGGCCAAGUACCACCGCGAGCUCAGGCGACGCCAGCCCCUCAUGGGCGAGGCCGGACCCGGCGCUCAGCGCCACGGCCAGAAGCGCAUCUCCUCCGUGGCCUGACCCCGGCCGGCUGGCUCUGCCCCCCCAUCCGAUGCCUGGGAAGACCCCUCCUCGCCCCCCACCCCAGGUCAACUCCCCUAACCACCCCCUCCAGCCACAGUAGCCUCUGGUUGAGGGGAGGUUCCCCCAAACCAGAGAUGGAUGUUGUGGGGUGGGGAUUCGGAGCCCAAAUCCCUGCCGGCCCCUUCCUCAAAGACACCUCCCUGCCCCUCCACGGUCCCAGAAGGGACAGAGUGGGGGGUCCUGAUUACGGAUUCCACCCCCCACUCCUCUCGGCCUCUCAUCCAGCCCCCCCGCCCUGCUACCAUCUGCCUCUGAACCACCCCUAGAUGCCCCUCGGGCGGCUCAUCUUCCCUAGACCCCAAAGGGCCCCCUCCCCACACGUCUCAGCCGAGAGUCUCAGAGGGCGGAAGACCCCCGCCCCCCGCCACCCCGACCUGGGCUCACACGGUUCCACCGAGUCCCAGACAGCUCCCCGCGGCCUUCACACCUCACAGGCAGCGGGUGGAAGAACCGUCUCCGGGGUGAUGGCCUGUCACCAUGGUAAUCCAGCCCUCUGGGUACCACCCCCCC